GCGAGUCUAAUCAUACAAGCAUAUCUUAAUAUAAUUGGGUCAAGCCUAAUUAAUAGGCAAUGGUUUCAUAACCAGAUGACGAAAUGGAAUCCCUAAUUUCACUCAGGGACUUGACUCAUAGUGGCCAAGACAAAAUUGCGGUAACUAUUCCUGUUAAGAGGCCUAAAUGACUGGCCUAAAGAGUACACAAUUCUCUUGGUUCCAUGAGAAACUCGUCAAAAUAGCUAAGCCAUCAAUCUCCAAGCAAUGACAUUAAUCUUUUACUAUAUAUAAAUUUAUUUUCUUGGUUUAUCCAACGCCAAAUUUCUUGACUUGGGAGAGAAAUAAGCAUCAUUUUCUUCUUCACAGCAUGCCUUGGAAUAACGAGUUAAGUGAAGAUACAGAAGUUGGUAAAAAACCAGAAAAUUCUGAUACGGAUUCAUCAUCUGAAACUACUAUUCAAAUAAUCCAAAAGAUAAUAGCAGAGGUGAUUGGAACAUUUUUCUUGAUUUUUAUGGGUUGUGGAUCGGUCGUGGUCAAUCAGAUAUAUGGUUCUGUAACAUUUCCAGGAGUUUGUGUGGUAUGGGGUCUAAUUGUGAUGGUGAUGGUUUACUCUGUUGGUCAUAUCUCUGGUGCACAUUUCAAUCCAGCAGUCACCGUUACUUUUGCCAUUUUUAGACAUUUUCCUUACAAACAGGUACCUCUAUACAUUAUGGCACAAUUACUUGGAUCGCUCAUUGCUAGUGGCACCUUAAGUCUUCUUUUUAGCGUGACAAGCGAGGCUUAUUUUGGGACAAUGCCAGUUGGAUCCGACAUUCGUUCUUUUGUUACUGAAAUAAUUAUAUCGUUCCUUUUAAUGUUUGUUAUCUCUGGUGUUGCCACUGAUAACAGAGCGAUUGGAGAAUUAGCAGGAAUUGCAGUUGGAAUGACAAUUAUGUUGAACGUUUUCGUUGCUGGGCCUGUUUCUGGGGCAUCCAUGAAUCCUGCUAGGAGCUUGGGGCCUGCAAUAGUGAUGCGUCAAUUUAAGGGUAUCUGGGUUUACAUUGUUGGGCCCCCUAUUGGUACCAUCCUUGGAGCGCUCUGCUACAAUAUAAUUCGGUUCAAUGAUAAACCUCUCAGGGAAAUAACCAAGACGGCUUCAUUUCUAAAAUCUAAGAAUUGAUUGUCGCCAUCUUUCUUCUUAGCCCGGCUCAUCCUACAUAUUUGUGAUGCAGCUUCUAGUUUUUGCUUGUACGAUCAGUGAUCAGACCAGUACAAAGUAAGCCAGUCUGUACUGGAUAAAAAGAUAGAAAAAAAUAAAAAGAAGAAGCAUAUAUUAGAGAAAUAUGAAUUGUUGGGAAACAGAAAUCCUGGUAUAGGAAUUUGUUUAGGCAUGAGGCCAUGUGGAUGUAAUUUUAAUCCUCUAAAAUAUUGCAGGUGAUUCUAUCCAAGCUUCAAUUA